AUGCACUCGCGCUGGAAGCCAGAACACGGAGCUGAAGACCCUCGCCCGCCACGCAGCAAGCAAAAGGCCACUUGCACUGGUGCAGUGCCCAAGCACCCCGGUCAACCCGAGUGCCAGUCACUCGUGCCAGGAGCGCCCCCUCCACCGGUCAGCCCGUGCACAAGACCUCUCCCGCACACCUGCGCCAGUCACCCCACCCACAAGACCACCCCGCGCACGAGCUCCCACCCGAGCCAGUCACCCCUGCGCACGAGCCCUCACCCGAGCCAGUCACCCCGCGCACGAACCCCCACCGAGCCAGUCACCCGCGCACGAACCCCGAGCCGAACCAGUCACCCCGCGCACGAACCCCCACCCGAACCAGUCACCCGCGCACGAACCCCCAGCCGAACCAGUCACCCCGCGCACGAGCCCCCACCCGAGCCAGUCACCCCGCGCACGAGCCCCCACCGGAGCCAGUCACCCCGCGCACGAGCCCCCACCCGAACCAGUCACCCGCGCACGAGCCCCCACCGGAGCCAGUCACCCCGCGCACGAGCCCCCACCCGAACCAGUCACCCGCGCACGAGCCCCCACCGGAGCCAGUCACCCCGCGCACGAGCCCCCACCCGAGCCAGUCACCCCGCGCACGAGCUCCCACCCGAGCCAGUCACCCCGCGCACGAGCCCCCACCCGAGCCAGUCACCCCGCGCACGAGCCCCCACCCGAGCCAGUCACCCCGCGCACGAGCCCCCAGCCGAACCAGUCACCCCGCGCACGAGCCCCCACCCGAACCAGUCACCCCGCGCACGAGCCCCCACCCGAGCCAGUCACCCCGCGCACGAGCCCCCAGCCGAACCAGUCACCCCGCGCACGAGCCCCACUCGCACCGGUCACCCCACACACGAGGUCCCCCUCUCCGCAUCCGUACCCCCCCCCCGUGCACCAUCCCCCACCUGCACCAGCCUCCACCUGCACCAGUUACCCGUGCACCAACCCCAUUCACACCUCCAUGCGCACUAG